AGAGGAGGUGGAAGAGGUAGCGGUGGAGGAAGAGGAAGAGGAGGAGGAGGAGGAGAAAAGUCCCCUUUGAGUUGCCGUGUGCAUGCAGGUGCGUAAAGCAGGAAAGUACAGCUGUAAGAACUACAAACACAUAACAAUGGAACACGCUGAUUUAGUAGCGGAUAUGGUUCGCGUUGAAAGACUAACUACACAAGAACGACUACACCUUGCACGACAUAGAAGACUUCAGCAAUUAAAAGUGUGGCGUCAGCGUGAAAAAGAAUGGCUUCGACAUCAAACAAGGCAUACAAGCAACAAACGUCAUAUAUAUUUUAGUGAUAGUGUCAUGUUACUAGAAGCUGCUGCAAGAAAUGAUAUAGAUGAAGUUAGAAGACUGUUAAAAAAGGGAGUCAAUCCUGAUUCAACUAAUGAAGACGGCUUAACUGCAUUGCAUCAAUGCUGUAUAGAUGACAAUGAAGAAAUGAUGAAGUUACUCGUUGAAUUUGGUGCUAAUGUGAAUGCUGAAGAUAGCGAAAAGUGGACUCCAUUACAUGCUGCUGCUACUUGCGGUCAUUUACAUCUUGUAAGAUAUUUAAUAGCUAGAGGUGCAAAUUUACUGGCUGUUAACGCUGAUGGAAAUAUGCCUUAUGACAUUUGUGAGGAUGAAAAAACAUUAGAUUGUAUAGAAGGUGAAAUGGCUAGACGAGGCGUUACACAGGAAUUAAUAGAUGAAACUAGAGCAUCAACAGAAGUUCAAAUGUUAAAAGAUUUGCAAAAAAUUGUUACCAUGGGUGGAGAUCUUGAAUAUAAGGAUCAUCAAGGCGCUACACCUCUUCACAUAGCAUCAGCAAAUGGUUAUUUAAGGGUAGUCGAAUAUCUUCUUGAUCAACAUAUUUCUACGGAUAUAGAAGACAAUGAUAAAUGGCAACCUGUUCAUGCAGCAGCAUGUUGGGGUCAUUUAGAAGUUCUAGAGCUGUUGGUACAAAAUGGGGCCGAUUUAAAUGCACGAAAUAAACAUGAUGAAACACCUGCUGAUAUUUGUGAGGACCCUGAAAUUAGAGAACGCAUAGUUGAACUUAAAACGGAACAAGAAAGUAAACGACUGCGAGAAGCACAAGGAAGACGGGUACGAAGAUCGCAAAGUAUAAAUACACGUACUCAAAGUGUACGACGAACAUCAAUCAGAGAUAAAGUUCUUACAACAAAGAAGGAUGCACAAGAAGAAGCAAGACUGAGGUUACAAGCACAACAGACGUAUGUUAGUAUUCCAACUCCUAAUCUUCCACAAACAGAAAACAGCACAAAUACGCAAGACAUGGUAAAUAAUGAAACUGAUUCAAGUACAUUGACCCCUGCUGUACGUAAGGGACCUGAAGGAAAGGACAAUGAUUCCUUUCUGCAUGAAGAUGUUGAUAAAGAUUCAGCAGUGACAGGACCUGACGUACCAGUUGGCAGCCAGCAACCUAUUUACUCGACAGAUGAUACCAAUGGAAAGAUCAACAUACACGUGUCUGUAGUUUUUGUCAAAUCUCUAUCAGAUUUGAAAAAGAAGAGGGCGCAAAAUCGACAUAUAUCAAGUGGUUCCGUGGAUACUAAUGGAAAUGGUUUUCCAGUUGUACCAGUUUCAUCUAUAUCCAACUCUGAUUUGGGCACAAGUGACUUUCAACGAUUUACUGGAAACACAAGUGAAAUUAUUGGUGAUAACCAUUCAGAAAAGAGUUGUUGUACUGUUAUGUAAAAUGUACAUAUAUAUAAGGAGAAAAAGUUACACAUCACUAAACUAAAUGUUCCUUGAACACACAUGGUAAAUAUAUCCAUCUAUUCGUAUUGUUUUUUUUUCUCUUCUUUGUUUUUAAAGAUCAAAUUUUAAUUGCAUUGAUCUGUACUUUAGUUCUUAGAUUUUUCAUAGAUCAAAUUUCUUAUGAUAUUAGAAAUAUACUUUUAUAUAUACUUAAUUACCCUUAUUGGGAUUCCUGAAGAAGCAUUGCAUUUUAUGUAAUGUAUGU